AUGGCGCUGGCGAAAACGAACUUUAAUAACGAUGGGCGGCAUAUGCGGGCAAAUGAACCCGCAGCCGCCCACUCAGGGCGCUCGCCCAGCGCUCCCUCAACCGCCCAUACGCACCAGAUUUCACUGCUGACCGCUUUUAGCACUCGACACGAGCGUUCGCCAAACGCUAGUCGCAGCUUGGUCGGGUAA